AUGGCGGACAAGCUACUGGCCUCCGGCGGGAUGACCAAGGACAAGUCGGUGCGCAUCUGGGAGGACAGGGCUGGCAUCGAGAUGGAAGACCCCUCCAUCGGCGCUGCGCGAGAGGGAGGAUCCAACGCCACCUACUCGCCGGCAGCCAAGCGCCAGAGGGAAGGCGGCAUGGACGUACCCCCUGCUUCUCUCCCGGCGAUGUCCGCGUACCCCCCCAUGGCACCGGCGUCGACCGUGGCGGCGGCGCCGGCAUCAUCCCUGACGAUGCCAGCCGGCUUCAUGGCUGCUCCCAUGCCCGCCGGCAUCCCCACGCUGCACAGUACCAUGCUCCCCCCGCCCUUUACCACCGCUGCCGCCACCGCUGCCACCACCGCGGCCGCCGCAGCAGCAGCAGCAGCGGCAGCAGCCACAGCCGCGAUGCCCACCGUGCAGGGCUUUGCGCCAGCCCCCGAGGCAGGUCCAGCAACACUAGCUGCUCCUGCACCCGCUGUUGCGCCCGUCGUGCCCACGCCGAUGGCAACGGAACAGUCGCCGGUGGCCAUGCCUCCGGCCACGGGGGCAAUGCCACCCGCGGCACCUGUAGCGGCACCUGUAGCAGCGCCCGUAGCACCAGAGUUGCAGCAGGUAGGGGCUCCGCAGACUGUAGAAGCGGCACCCGCCGCCCCGGACCCUACCAUGGGGCAGGAUGCUACCAUGGGGCAGGAUGUAGCUGCUGCUGCUGCCGCUGCUACCGCCGCUGCUGCGCCAGCUGCUGUUGCCCCGCCGGCCGCUGUUGCUCCACCGGUCUCUGUUGUCCCUCCGGCUGCCGUUGCUCCACCGGUCGCUGCUGCUCCACCCGUGGCUGCUGCUCCACCCGUGGCUGCUGCUCCACUUGUGACUGCUGCUCCACCCGUGGCUGCUGCUCCACCGGUCGAGCAACAGCAGCUACCGGUUGCUGUUGCUCCGCCGGCUGCUGCUGCUCCGCCAGUUGCUGUUGCUGCACCGGUUGCUGUUGCUCCGCCGGCUGCAGCUCCUCCACUGCCUGCUGUUGCGCCCCCAGCUGCUGCUGCUAUGCCGACUAUUGCUGCACCGCCGGCUGUUGCUGCACCGCCGGCUGCUGCUGUUCCGUUGACUGCUGCUUCUCCACCGACUACUGCUGCGCUGCCGGCUGUUGCUGCUACUCCGCUCGCCGCCGUUGCUCCGGCGGCGGCGCCGGUGGCGGAGCCUGCAGCGGCCCCUCCCGCAGCAGCGGAUAUGCCCGCAAUGUCGGGCGCGCCACCGGCGUAGGCGGAGGGAUCCGAAGUGGUGCAGGGCUGCUGCUGGCGACGGUUGGUUGCGGCUUGUCGCGGAGGGCAACGUUUUCCUCUGUUUUUUUUGUCGGGGAUUGGUUUCGAACUGCUGCUUUUGCUACUACUGCUGUUGCCUGGCCUUGUGUGCGAGAAAGCUGCGUGUAUGCAUUGCAUCUAUGGAUUGAAGAGGUCUCACCACCGACCUAGCAUUACUGGUCUACUGCUGUCGUUGGGACAUGAUUGAAUGAGAAUGAGCGACCUCUUUGUGCACUCCAGCGGCAUCGCGUUCUAAGCGUUUUGUUCUCGCUCGUCGAAGUCAACGCGGAUGCGUGAGACACGGUACGUUGGGUGUUGGCGCCACAACGAGAAUGGAAAUGUGGGAGAGUACUCGCUGGAUAAAGGGGGGGGCGGCGACUUUGGGAGAAAAUGUGGGUACUGUUUUCAUUCACGUCGCUCCCCCUCCCCCCCCCUUCGCUCUGUCACUUGGCUUUAAAGCGGUGACUAACUCGUCGUUUGUGGGGAUUGGUGCUGACUCCAAACAAACGCAAUCAAUCGGCGGUAUCCUACGUCUUGACAGUUGUUUUAGUUUUUCGGGAAAUGUUGCAGAUUUUGCGGCCUGCCCGGGUAACAUGGGGGCCGGAUUAGUGUAGCAAGAUAGGGUUGACAGGUCUGUAUUUUGCAGAAAGGCGUGUAACUUUCGAGUGCCUGAAUGUUCUGCUUGCCAGUUGGUACAUGCCCAUCUUGUUGUGUGAAGCUUGAGUUCGUAUGCAUAGGGUAGGGUUUUGAAUACCGAACCACUCUUUGGUGUUUGUGGAUGUGUUAAUUUGCGGCUGUUCGUACGGGGUGGGACAGCUCAACAUUGGGUGUAGGGGUCGUUUUCUCUUCGUUUUCUUGUCCGUUUUUGCAAGGGCUGACGGAUUGAGGAGAAUUCAGUCGGCGUUGCGUGAUUCGUGCUUUGGCUGAAACGGGCAACCCAAACAACCCUUUAUCUUCUCUUAGAGAAGCUCUCGCGUGUCGUCAAAGCGGCGUUAGCUCGUCCGCAUGGUAUUUGUUGCCUUGGAUCUUUUGUGAUUCCGUUGGCGGUGUCGUUGACUGCGAGC